AUGGUCACUUUCUCCAAGCGCAAGAGUGGUAUUUUUAAGAAGGCGUUGUCAAUUCUGUGGGGCAUUCAGCUUGCCAUCAUUCUAUUCUCUCCUGGUGGUAACCCUUUCACUUUUGGUUCUCCAAAUAUGGAGGUUGUGGUCAACAAUUUCUUUUAUCUGAGGGAUGAAGAACAAGAUAUAGAUGAGCCUUCCCAAAAUUAUGUGGUUUACCAGAUCAAUCAAGAACUUGAGUAUUUGAAGGACCAGAUUCAGGUGGCCGCGGAGAAAAUGGAGGUGGUUCGCAAUGAUUUGAAAAACAAGGAUCCACUUGAAGGAAAUAAUCCAAAUUUAGAGGAGCAAAGACUUUAUUGA